GGCGCGCCGCCCCCCUCGCAUUCCUAUUGGCUGAAGCGUCACGGCGCCGCGCUCUGAUUGGCCCGCUCGCUCUCCCCUCAGCGCUCCCUCCGCGGCGGUGCCGCCUUCGCUUCUCCGGCCGUUUUAGGGCGAAUUUAAGCAGUUUCGGGUAAAUUGGAGGCGACCUGGAAUCAUUUUGAGGGAAUUCGGGGCGUUUCGAGCCACAUUUGGCGGGUUUGGGGGUAUUUUGUUGCUUUGCGGGGGGUUUAGCGGCUCCUGACGGCGCCGCGGCAAUGGGAGCGCUGUGAUUGGUUCAGCAGCGCGUCACUCAAGCCAUUUCCCCGCCCCCCCCGGCGCGCCUGAUGCGUGGGGGGGGGUUCAACGCGGCUUCCCGCCCUCCCCACCUUCCUAUUGGCCGCAGCCGCGCGGCGCCGCCUUCCCAUUGGCCAGCGCGCUUGUCCCUCAGCGCCUCAGCGCGGGGGAGGGACGCACCGCCCCUCCCCGCUCCUAUUGGCCGCAGCGGCGCGACGCCGCCUUCCCAUUGGCCAGCGCGCUUGUCCCUCAGCCCCUCAGCGCGGGGGUGGGACGCAACGCCCCCCCCACGCUCCCAUUGGCCACCGCGCCGAAUCCCCGCGCUUCUAUUGGCCAGCGCGCCUUUCCUUCACCCCCCCCGCGCUCUCCCAUUGGCUGCCGCCUUUCCCUCACGCCAUUUCCACCAUGGCUGAAGCCGCCGCGCUGCUCCGCGCUCUCUCGGAGCAGGUCUCGUCGGUGGCGGCGCACGGGCGGGAAACGCUGCGGAGGGUGCGGAGCGGCCGCUUGGCCACGCAAAAGGUGCUGGAGAAGUUGCGCCCCCUGGAGCGGCGGCUCCGUUACCACGUGGAGAAGCUGCUGCGGGCGGCGGUCACGGGGGGGAGGGAUGCCAAUGACCCCUUGAGCUUCCGGCCCCGCCCCACAGACAUGGCGGCCACACAGGAGGAGGAGGAGGAGGAGGCGGCAGCAGCGAAGGCUCCGGGGUUGGGGGGCGGGAAACGUUACGUCCCCCCCCGAUUGGUGCCCGUGACCUACGAUUCCAUGGGGCAGCCCCCCAAGCGGCUCCGGCUCCGUGGGGCACUCCUGGGUCCUUUGGGGCACUCCUGGGUCCCUCUCCCGAACUCCUGGGUCCCCCAUAUUUGGGUCCCUCGGGGCACUCCUGGGUCCCCUAUUUGGGUCCCUUUGGGGCACUCCUGGGUCCCUCGGGGCACUCCUGGGUCCCCUAUUUGGGUCCCUUGGGGCACUCCUGGGUCCCUCCCGAACUCCUGGGUCCCCUAUAUGGGUCCCUUGGGGCACUCCUGGGUCCCUCCCGAACUCCUGGGUCCCCUAUAUGGGUCCCUUGGGGCACUCCUGGGUCCCUCCCGAACUCCUGGGUCCCCUAUAUGGGUCCCUUGGGGCACUCCUGGGUCCCUCCCCAAACUCCUGGGUCCCUUCUGACCUCCCCACCCCCUCAUCUCUC